AUGUUCAAAGACCCAAUUAUUUCCUUUCUCCUUUCUCUGUCCUGUCUAUUUCAAGUUUCUGCUAUAGGUAUGUAGUUGUUAUUCUGUGGAAGAUGAAAAAGUUUAGCGUAAGCUACUUUGAAGAUUUUAACGCUCCUGAAAAAAUCUCAGAAACUUUCUUCAAUAUCAUCUUUUUUUUAAAAAGAUGCUCGUGUCGGUUUUUUAAUUUUUUUUUUUUCAAAAUUAAUUUUUUCAACACUUUUAUACUUCGUAAAAAAAUCUGUGCAGUGAAAAGCAAGUAAUUUGGAAAUUUUUUGAAUUUUCAUUUUUCUCACGCAUUGUAGGUCUUUGUUAAGGCUUUGAUUCAUUUCUCAAAAAAUUAUAUUUUUAUUCCUAUCAAACUUAAUUCCUUUUUUUGCAGAAGGAUGUUGCAAAAGAACCAUGUUAAGCUAUCCUUCUGGAGCAGCAAUUCCUCCUGAAUGUGAAAAGCUUCGCUGCACAGAAGCGCCGAUUCUUAUUGAAAAUCCUAAGCCAUCAUUCGAUGAAAUUGCUAUGUUCCUAGCACCGGCAACGAAGAUCAGCACGCUCACCGUAAUCGAUAACGAAUUUUUCAUAUUCAUUCAUUCACUAGAAAAUCUAGUUCACAAAGGACCUGGUUCGUGUUCAGAAUCAAAUUUUGCCUCACUUUGGAAGCUUCCUCAUUUUAGAUACUUGUUACAGGUCCUGCAAUUUCUUUUCGCAAUGCCAAGAUGCACGAAUCAUGUUUCAAAAAAUUGCAAAAAAUAACUGUCGACGACAUCCGCCCCUACUGCAAAGGAGAAAAACUUAUCGUAGUGGAAGGCAAAAUUGAUGAGACUGUUAGGCAACGGCUGGAGACAGUCGCAAAUCAGGUAGAUUUUUUAAUGAGGGAAACAAUGAAAAAACCACACGAAGAUUGAAAAUACCACGGCUCCCAAACGUUUCAACUUUCAAAGCUUCAAUGUCUCAAUAUGUGUAUUUUUGUUUGACACAUCAAAAUUUCAGAAAUUUUCUGAAGCGCGCGAAAACUACCGUACUUUUCAGACAUUGGCCGAUUGCGCGAAGUUGACGACGCUAGCCCCUUCAACCACUACAGAAGCGAUUAACACCACGACGGUGACAACGGAGGCGCCCACGACGACUGAAGAAGCUGUCAACACCACGACAACUAUCGCGACGACGACAGAACCUGAGAUCAACACCACGACUGUCACCACCAUCGCGACGACGACGCCAGAACCAACGACGAGGACCACGACAACUGAAACUCUCGAGACGACGACGCCGGACACUACAGUUGCUCCAGACGAAGCUAUCAGUUCCACGACGACUGCGACAAAAUCGCCGCCUCAAAACUGCGUCGGUGCGGCCGCGCUCGCUCCAGCUGCCGAAGAGAAAGAAUGCCCCUCGACAAGUGAGUUGAUUGGAACUGAAAGCCAAAAUUUAAAAAAAAAAUGAUAAGAACUUAACGGUUUCAUAUUUUCGGGGCGAUUUUGUAGUUUGAUAAAUAUGAGGACUAAAUUUGAAAUUAGAUCUUAAAGUUAAAAGGCUUUGUUUAAUGAAGACAUUAUCAUCCGUUCCAAUGAAUAUAUUUUUCACAGGCAUGAUCGUCCUUCCUGGAAUCGUCGUGAUUAUUUUCCUGAUUUUGGCUCUCGGAAUUGUUUCCUACAUCGCCUUCAUAAAAAACAAAUCGAGCCCAAAUAAUCGUCCAAACUCGAAGAACAACAGCAAAGAACUGUCCAGCCUUGGAGUACCGAUAGAAAGGUCGAAAGAGGCUGUAGAAGCUUCCAAACGCAAAGAUGCUGGGAAGGACUUUGCCGUUUUCCUAAACAAAGAAACAGAGACGAGAGAAGAAACGCCGAAGUUGGACAAGAAAAUAAAUCUGGAGGCUGGUGUGAUUGGACCUAGUGAAGUCUCGCUCUGUAGAAUUCAGCCGAAAAAAGAAAAAGUGCUCAGCGAAAAACCAAUCAAGAUUCAGCCUGAGAAGAACCCGCCAAAAAAGACUUUCCUGCAAAAGGGAAUUAUGAAGAAAGCAAAAGUUCAGCCACCUGAAUCUAUCCUUCAGGGAAAGGAGACUCGAUUCCAACCGCCGCUCGAAGAGACAAACUUCUACAAUUCUUCUACUGAUUCUCCAGCUUUGGAGCCUUCUACUGCUCCCAGCACCGAUUCUAAAGAUUUGCGUGAGUUUCCAAUCAAACUGGAGUUCGGCCUAAAGAAGUUCUUUUCAGUGUCUCAAAAAAAACAUAACAGAACUAUGUCCACCGCCUGGUCAGACAUGCGAACAAUCGGAGAAGAUAAUCAACAUCGAAAAGAAGGAACGAGCUUCAACUCUGUUUUCGGACGUACUCAACGAUUUUGAAGUCAGUUUUCACUCAAAUCUUUCAUCAUGUUCAGCUGUUAUCAUCCUCAAAAGACUACACGUUAUGAAAAAUUAUUUUCAGAGUCUUUACAAGCAACCUAUCUUUCCGGAGAAGCGACUGCAUGAGGAAAAGCACAAGGAAAAUCUAAAAAAGCUCAACACGAAAAUUUGA